UAUGUGGCAAAAUAUUUGGGAAAAGCUGUGAAUUCAAUUUUCGAAAAAGCUUGCAAACCAGUGCAGUUAUGGAUGUUGAUAAGGCAUGGAACUCGUUAUCCUUCUCAAUCAGAAAUACAGAAAUUUUUCAAAUUAGCCGACAUAAGAGAUGAUAUUAUUAAGAAUCAUAAAAAUGGAGCUGGAAAUUUGAGCUCAACCAUCUUAAAACAAUUGUCGGACUGGCGUCUUAAUCCAGAUAUGACAAUUGAAUCAGCCUACAAAUUGACUUCUCAAGGAAAACAAGACAUGUAUCAAUUGGCUCGACGUCUUCGGAAUAUUUUUCCUGAACUUUUACAAGUUGACCCAAAAAAAGUUAAACAUGGAGAUUUCGUGUUCAGGGCGACAAAUACCGAGAGAACUCAGUCAAGCUUAGCAGCUUUUACUGAAGGUAUCUUUGGUACUUCCGAGGAAAUUGUACCACCAGAGAAACCACCAACCAAUGAUACGCUUCUUUUAGCCUAUAAGAAUUGCCCAGCAUGGGAGAAACAUUACUGGGAAGAUCAUUACGAUCGAGAAAGCAACCAAUUCGCCGUGGGUCCUGAAGUCGAAAAAUUACUCCGACAAGUCACUCGUCGUCUUGGCUACAAUCAAACCCUCGAUUACGAUGUGGCGAGAACGUUAUACAACAUUUGUCGUUUUGAAACUGCCUGGCAACCACAAAACUUAUCGUCCUGGUGCUAUUUGUUCACUAAUGACGAACUGAAAAUUUUUGAGUAUCAAGAGGAUCUUGAUCAUUAUUAUUAUUGCGGACCUGGACGUCAAUGGAAUGCUGAUCUUGGUUGUCAGCCUUUGAAAGACAUGCACGCUCAUUUCAAAGAAAUAAUCGACGGUAAUUCGAAAAAUCAUGCCAAAGGAGUGUUUUAUUUUGCACACACGGUCACAAUAGAAACGGUGAUGGCUGCGUUAGGGUUUGACGGAGGAUCUUCGAAGCCGCUUCUUGCUGCCAAUUACUCAUCUUCCCAGGAUCGCAAGUAUCGCACUUCAUUGUUGGGACCUUUUGCAACUAACAUUAUCGCUGUACUUUACAAUUGUGCGGGAUCAAUGACUCCAUACACGGUAUCAUUUUAUGUAGCUGAAAAUCUGGAACGGAUAGAAAACUGUUACAAUGGACUUUGUGACUGGAGUUUUAUCGAUCAGAAGCUUAGCCAGCACGUUAACAAUUGUUCUUUGAAUUUCUGUUAA